CGCGCCGAGCCGGUGAAGCCGCCACCCGGGGCUGCUGAGCUGAGGUCGGCGGCGCGGGGAGUCCGGGGCCAGCUGUGCCGGCGGCUGCACCCGCAGGAGCAAGAGCAGGUGCGGCAGGUGCAGCAGGUGUAGCAGGUGCAGCAGCGAGGACCCGCGCGCGGGCGGCAGCGGCGACACCAUGGAUCUGUCCUUUAUGGCCGCGCAGCUGCCCAUGAUGGGAGGCGCCUUCAUGGACUCGCCCAACGAGGACUUCAGCACGGAGUACUCCCUCUUUAACUCCUCCACCAACGUCCACGCGGCCUCCAACGGCCAGGGCCAGCUGGAGGAGCCCCCGCGGUCCUCCAACGACGCCGUCUUGCUCUGGAUUGCCAUCAUAGCGACACUGGGGAACAUUGUGGUGGUUGGGGUGGUGUACGCCUUCACCUUCUGAGGUUCGGGGCGCCCACGAGCUCCGGGCCGGCUCACCCCGCGCUGGGCUCACGGCAGGGCCAGGCUUUGCUCGGGGCACCGGCACUGUUGGCCUUUGGCUGUGCCCACAGUCUGGAACCAGGAGCUCUGACCACGCACACAGCCUCUCCGGGGGCAGCGACCCUGCAGGGUCGGGAAUUCCCCCCAAGCAGCCCUGAUUUUCAAAUUUUCCGUGCUGUGGUCAAGCUGAUCCAGAAAACACGGGAGCGUGAGCUUCCAGCCCCUGGAGGCGUGAUGGGGCAAAGACUUCGAGGAGCAAAUUGGAAGAUUUUUGAAACUGUAUUCCAAGAAGGUAAGACCAGAGGAAACAGCCAGUUAGGUGUGAACUAUGGACGUGGUUGGACGAUCGCUUGCUGGCAGUAAAUAAUCACAUAUGUGUCUUGUUUUUAUGCCAACUUACACCCCUGGUGUGUGGGGUGCCGGGCAAGAGCAGCCCUCAGAACUGGAGUGUUCCCCGCCCACUCAGCCCUCUGGAAUACCGGUGGUGGUUACUGGGCCAUAGAACAUUCCUCGUGUGACUUGGACAGGGCACCUCUGUCACCAGACACUUGGCCCCUUUUGAGACCCCGAUGCAUCGGGAAAUCCAAGGCCGGGGGGAUUACUGGUGACGUGGUGGGAUUUCCAGGGGUGGGGGGUUCUCUGCUGGACGGACUUGCUCUUCUUUUUAAAAGGAGAAGCAGCGCCUUUAAAACUGCAGAUCUGCCAAGUAGUCAAGUCUUCAGACCACCUGCCUGAAGACGCUUUCUCCUCUGAGCAAUCACGGGACUUUAGGGAUGGCGGGCUCAUGCCCACCUGAUCUUCCGACGGAUGGGAGGGAGAGGGCGAUUGGCCGGUGACCACAGGGCAGGGUGCUGGAGCCCCCGGGGCAGGAGGGACGCUUCCUGACUCACCGGGCUCUCUCAGCCCCAAAGAAGCACUCUCUUAAGCAAGUUCCUACUUCUCAGCUGCCCUCGGGGAGAAUGUCCACGGGGUCUGGAAGCUGUGUGCCAGGUGGGCAGGGUGCUCAGACUCCUGCAUUGUACCCUGGGUUUGGGGACCGUGAUCCCCUGCAGGCGGGGACGAGCUCUGUCCGGGUCAGCCUCCUUGCAUUCCUCCAAGUCGGUGGCUGGGGGGUCUGGGAGGCAGGGGAGCCUCCUGCAAAGACCAGAACAGGAUGGGAGGCACUGGGAGAGAGGGGCAGCACGGAAAAGGACUCGCUCUUCUGUCCUUAGGAAAGGCCCCUGCACAGUACCUCCCUUCCCCAGAUGGCUCCCCUGUGCCCAGCAGAGUGGGAGAGGCUCACACGCGGGCUCCCUCACUUGCAGGCCAGGAGUGGCUUUCUCCUCGCCCCCCUGCUCCCCCGUGCCGUGCAAAAGAAAAUAAAUCCUCUAAACGUCCCCUAUGUGGUUGAGAGACUUAAAAGCCUGGGUGGGAAGCUGUGGUGCUGUUUGGGGACAAUUGCAAAAAGGCUAAUUGUGUGUCCCUGUGGUCUCAGGAGAAAUGAGUGUUCCUGAUGACAGGCAAAGGGACAUCUUAAUUGUCCAGAGGCAGUCAUUCGCCUGUGAGGUUGGCGCUGAGCUGCUGUGAUAACAGGAUUACCAGCCCAACCUCCAGACAGCGUUAGCAGACGGCUGCCAGUUCUGUUUAGCCACAUCUGCCACUGUGGCUGUGCACGCGUGCACAAAUGCUGUGGCUCAAGUGGAGGUCACGAGUGACCCUUGCAGAGAGGGACCUUGUGCCUGGGCUCCUUCUGGAAUCACUGACAGGGCUGUGCUCUCCGUGGGACCAGGCUGGGGGCUGGGCUGCGUGGCUAGCCAUGGUGUGGCCGUCACCCCGGCUACUUCUCUAGCAAACUCUUCUCUGUCCCAAGCCCCCACGUGUGCCCCAUCAGCAAGGGCUUUUCUUAUACAGGUGUCUUCAGGAGAGCCCAAGGACGAGGUCCAGGGCCAGGAUGGGGAACCAAGGUGAUGCUUGGUGUCUUUGUGGGGGUUACUCUGGCCCAGAUAUCCUGAUUCCUUACCUUCUGACCCCACAGCCUCAAAGGAGCCCCGUGAAGAGGCAGGUGACAGCUCCCUGUCCUCCAAAUGGCCUGCGGUGAUGGCAGUGGGAGAGAGGGUUCUGUGUGCUGUGACAGAGGAGGAGCAGAGAGUGUGGUCCUAGCUCUAAGGAAAGACUCCGCGUAUCCAGGGCAGCCCUGGCGGGCCGGGUGUUCUCUGGGUAAUUCUGGGCACAGGGGUCUCCCCUGUGAAGGCUUUCAUUUCCCCUGGCAUAAAUGCCAGUUAAAUUCAACUUCCAAAUAUUUCUCUCUCCUCAGUGUCAGGACCACAGACACAGGACCUGGAGCUUGAGGGACCAUCUUAUUCAAACUGCCUUCUACGAUUGUCCCAGUCUCCUACAGUAUUUUUAUCCAUUUUUUUUCCCCACCACCAGUUAGAUAACAACAAGGAUAGAUGCGCAUGAGAAUGUCCAAUUAAGGGUAAAGGACAGAUUUCCAGCCAGAGAGGGUGCUGUGCUGUCCCGCCUGCCUUACUUAGCUCGGCUCUGUCUUGGAUGUUAGGUAACAGGCAGGCACCGGGCUAGAGACCCACAUGUAUGUGUUUAAUCUGGAUGAUUACCUCACAGCAUCAUUGCUCCAGUACGUAGAUAUGGAACCAGAAGCUCAGAGGGGCGGAGUAACUUGCCUGAGGCCACACAGCAUGAAAGUGGCAAGCUGAGAUUUGAGUGUGGACCCUCCAGCUCUAAAGCCAGCCUCCUGCUGCUGCACCAUGCUGCCGUCAGUGGCUGGGUGGCACCUCCAGGGUACAUUUAAACAAGGCUCUGGGUCUACAGAGGUCAUUCCCCAAGGUCCCAUGUCAUGGUGUGGCCCGGGCCAGCUCUGGCUUCCUCCAGAGGUAGAAGUCUGAUCGUCCUCCGAAUGGGGCGUCCUCAUCCCCCUGCCCAUUGCCCUCUCUUUGUCUAAGCUUCAGGGAUGGGGCCCUGUCACCUGCCCCUCUCUUUAAAGUUGAGCACAAGAGUUUUUGUGUGGCCAGAGAAGUUACUAGAGAGCAGCUUUCUUGGGAGACGUGCAGAAGGACCCUGACCAUGACCUAGAGCCCAACAAAGGGGCUCGUGCAAGGAGGGAGGCUCGGGCAGCCAGAACCGCUGAGGAGGGUCAGGAUGGUCUGUGUUGUGGGUGAGGCUCCAGCCCAGGCUCAGGCCUUCUGUUGAGACCCUCUCCCGAGCAGGCAGGAUGGAGGCUCCUGUCUCACGCCCCAGCCUGGGGCUCCCACCUGGCUUCUCCUGGGUAAGGUUGGCCCCAGAGCCCACCUUGACUUAAUGAGCCGAUGCUGAGGAAGAAGGGGCUUGCCUCUUCAGGAGCUGCUCUUCAGAGAAGGGGCCCUGCGUUUGCUGGAAUGUUCCCCGUGCUUGGGCCUCUGACAUGCCUCCUCAUCUUCCCUCUGCAAGCCACAGGUGUCCGUACCUGUGUUUGUUUGCAUGUGGGACACUUCACUGAACAAAGCAACACCUGCUUUAGGAGGGCUGGAGCCACUGUCACGGGAGCUUUGGAGGAGAGGCCAGAGGACACGUUAGCCAGGUAUGUCCCGAGGAGAUUCCACCUCCUGCUUGGGCCUGGGCGGGGUGAUUGCUCUGCUGUCCCUCCCUUUUCCCUGAGAUCGAGGUCAAGAGGCAGGUGAGAGUUCCCUGCCCUCCCCUGCCCUCCAGAGAGAGACGAUUGUAUCUUCUUUCAGGAGAUCCCUGGGAUCGGAGGGGAAAAGUUAGGGAGGGCAGGCUAGUACCACUUGGCUGGGGAGGCAAUAAGCCAUUUUCCAGCCUGUUCCAAAUGGAAGGCCUGGAUGCCGGCCAGACCACUAGCGUAUGUUGGAAUCCCUCCCUGGAGACUGGAGAAACUCGGCCAUCGUCUGCUGUGCGCCUGACUCCUUCCAGACAAAUGCUCCUGUCCUUCCUCAGGAGCAUGACCUUCUUUCAUCAUUAGCAGUGAUAUUAUUGAUAAUUAUUAUCCUUACUGUGGUCAUCUAUCGUGCAUCUUCCUUGUGCUGUGCUCUGUUUGUAUCCCAUUGACUUCUCAACCCAUCCCUGAGAGGCAGAAGUGAGGUGCAGAGAAGGGCACGUUAAUUAUCAUCCCCCCUUUUUUUCUGCUGAGAAAACUGAGGCCAGGCCAGUGCGUCUGCGAACCCACAUCUAGAGAGCUGUGAUUCAGAUCCGCCGCUGCUGGCUCCCCAGGCUGGGUGGCUACCCGGUGUCUCCCUACGUGCACGCUCUCCACCGUGAACCCUCUGGAACGGACCGUCCCAGGACGGGGACUCCGAGGCUGGGGCUGUUUGGGUCCUGAAUCGAGGAUUUCAAGUGUAGGUCCUGGAAGGGGGACAGGAGCAUGUGCACAUGUUGAGCAGUCUGAGAACCUCCCAGCAGUAAAGAGGCAUUAGAGAGCCCCCAGUGAGGACCUGUAAUGUCGGGGCGGGUAAAGGGGUGGAGAACUGGCAGGUCCCCCGCUGCCUGGCCCAGGACACCAUCUCCCAGCCUGCUGGGCAGUCACCGGGGAGUGCAGGGCUGGCCCUGGGUUGCCAGCACCAGCCCCAGGACCAGCAUCGCGCUCUCUGCCAGCUGUCGCCUGGCGCCCUGGGCCAUGUCCUGGCACGUGCCCUUGACCGCCCCCAGAAUGAGUGCUAGUUGGGCUGGGUGCCCUGAUGGGACAACCAAGCAGCUGUGCUCAGGGACCCCACGGGAACAGUCAGAGUCCCAUUGUCCUGUAGUGGCCUGCCCCACCUCUCCUGCCCCGCCUGCCCCAUGGGCCCCUGGCCUCAGUCAUUCCGUGACAGGGACAUGGGACAGGCCAGCUGAGCUGAGUGCUGAGAGCCCAGAGGGACAGAGUUCAUAAUCUCCAAGCGGAAAAAAAAGGAGCCUCUCCAAGAUACUCGGGUCAUCAGAAUCAAGUAGGCGGCCAGAUGUCCCCAGAAAGUCACUCCUGGGAGAUUAGACCUUGGGCAUUUUCUUGCCUCUCUUUUUUUGGGGGGCGGGGGGUGUGUGUGACAGAGGACAAAAUAGUGCAAACCACAGUGACUGAAGAGAGGAACGAUUCCCCCAGAGUGAGAAGAGGGCAGCUGUCAGGAGCAAAAUGGAAUGGUCGAAAUGUAUGAAAAAUUGGCUCCGUAGAUUUGGGAGUGUAAGUCUGUGUUGUUUGUUUUGAGUCACUGGGAAGGUCAUAAAUUGUUUUAUCAAGAGAGCUGAUAAAAGCAGAGGGAGCCCUGGGAGAGGCAGGACAGGCUGCACGGUACCCCAGACGUACCCCGCACCCAUCCUUCGGCCAUGGUACGGACUUGCACCUGCUGGAACUCGAGGCAGCUGCUUUCAUGAGGCUCCAUCCUCUGGCCCUGGGUCCUUCCCGCCAUCCCAGGAGGGUGGCUGAGAUCUGUCCUGCCUUGGGGUUAAAUCCUGACACAUCCCCAAGGCAUAUGUGCAGGGAACUUGUGUGUUGUGGCAGUUGGGGAAAUCCAGAGCCCUUAUUCUUCACCAUGUGGCCCCUCCAUGUGGCUAAGAGCCACCAGUGAUCCCAGGGGCUGUCCCACUACUGUCUUAAGGAACGAGAGAAUCACUGCACGUCCAGUCCAAAGCAUUGUCCCAGCAAUCCAGGUGAUUCUGACCAAUGCUGGUAGGAAGGGAGCUUCCAAACGUUCACACUUCGGGGGGACGGAGUCUCUGAGAGGUUUGUGAGAGCUCGGGCUGGUCGGCAGGAGCCCAGGGCAUCCAUGUAGCAGCGUUUCUCAACCAUUAUGCCAGUGGUUCUCAACCUUGGAAAAUUCUGUUCUUUCGGGGGAACUUUGGCAAUGUCCGAAGACAAUUUUGGUUUUCACAACCUGGUGGGGGGUGACCUUCUACUGGCAUCUAGCGGACAGGAGCCCGCGAUGCUGCUGAGCACCCCCAACAACACAGAAUGAAUGAUCUGGCCCUAAAACACCAAUUGUGGUGAAAUGGGGAAAGCCGACGGUGGGCAAUGCUAGCUCCAAAGCUCCGCUUUUCCCCUUUUUGUGAGUCACGGAAUACAUCAGAGGUCUUCUGGGCAACAGCAGGGAUCCUGGCUGCGGCCCUGAGGUCAGAUAAUCCCAGCGGAGGGCAGUGGCCUGCAACCUAGCAAGUCUUGGGUAUCCCUGGACUCCCCAUCCCCACCACCUUGGGCUCUCAAGGGGAGACUCGGCCCGGAUGGAGGAAGCCCUACAAAGUGGAUGGGAAGGCGAGGCUGAACUUGUCCCAGUAGCUGUGGUCCCUGGGACCUGGAGGGACCUGACCUCUGCUGCACCUGAGAAGCGCUGCUGGGGUGGGGGGCAGCGGGGAGCUUGGAAGGGAUGAGGAUGGGAGGGGCUGCCUAACAGCCUGUGGGCAAACCUGCAUCUUAACCUUGUUUUUGACUCUCCAUGUGCCCCAUCCCACGCCCCCCCCACCCCUGACUGAAGGCAUAGUCACACUUUCUACUAUUUAAAGUUUUGCGGAAACCGUAUUGUAACGAGCCGCUCUCCAGACACCAGUUCUUCACGCAGAGAGAAUCAGAAACGUUUCUGUGUCUUACUAAUGUUUUCAUAAUCAACUUGUAAGUAGUUUACUUAAUUAAAAAAAAAAAGGUAUUUUAACUAUUCUUGUAACCCUUUGCUACUCAACACCCCCCACCCCCAGUUUUGCGAUGAGAUCACUAACUUUUACUACAGUGAAAAGACGAUUUCUUAAUGGAGGGCUUCAAGGCGCUCUUUGGUGAAAAAUAUCUAACCUUGAUGGAUGUAAAAAUGUGGCUGUGGAGUCGUGUCCGUUGUCAGCACUAUUGCUUUUGUCUUUUUCUAUUAUGAUCAUUAAACACAAAAGCCAAAAACAUUA